AGCAACGGCUGGGAGCGUUGUUGACAUCCCAGGCCGCAGUGGCGCAGGUCUGAGCCCAGAGUCUCGCCGCCCAUAAGAUGGCAGAGGUGGAGGAAACCCUAAAGAGGAUCCAGAGCCAUAAAGGGGUUAUAGGAACGAUGGUUGUAAAUGCGGAAGGCAUUCCCAUCCGAACGACCUUGGACAACUCAACAACAGUUCAGUACGCUGGUCUCCUGCAUCAGCUGACCAUGAAAGCCAAGAGCACCGUCCGUGACAUUGACCCUCAGAACGACCUAACUUUUCUUAGGAUCAGAUCCAAGAAACAUGAAAUCAUGGUAGCCCCAGAUAAGGAAUAUCUUCUGAUUGUCAUUCAGAAUCCAUGUGAAUAGACCUGCAACAGCCAAGUCCUGUGAUGCUGGGCUGAAAACACUUCACUCUCUAAAGAUUCCUGAGAUUAUAAUCCAAUCUAAGUGAUAUUUUGGACAGUCCUUUCUAUUUUUACAUUUAAACUCUUUACAUGUCUCAUUUAGU